UAACGUCGUCCCGUCUCCGUGUCAUCAGUCCAUAACGUCCGAGACGUUACAGUAUAUAGGCUGAAAACGCGAUCGGUAUUUCAUCUCAACUAAAUGUUGUCAUUCUUUUGGUUAUGUAAGCAUUCAUCUCCGAUAUCACAAUGAAUAAAACUAUGCAGUCAUAUUUAUGUAAAAUCUUUGAAUAUUCUUCCCUUAUCGGUUGACAUCAUUUCUUGGUUUCUGACUUCGUCUGGUCAUCAAUACAAGUGUAUGCGAGGCUGCAUCUAUCGUAACUGGGUAUUUACGACACUGAAGUAAAUGUUAAAUACCUCCAAAACUGAAGGGGGCGCUAAAAGGGAAAAACUCCAUAAUGGGGCUUUAAUAUGACAAUCUCAACUUUUUUAUUUUAUCCUUCUAAUUCUGGAUCUGUAGUGUGUUUCCUGAAGGAAUAAGAUAAGUAGACGAGGACAUGCUGCUGGAGAUUUAAAAAUAUUUCUCUCAAAAUCUAGUCACCUGUUGCCCGACUAAAAGGGCUCAAACUUGCAUUGGCACCAUGGCAACCUAUACGCGUCCAUUAAACUACACAUUAUAUCCACAUUCUGUCAAAGAUAUGACUAAUAAAAUGCAGUUAAACAUUUAUUUUCCCUUUUCUUCUCCAUGCUUAUUGCUGCUGCUUGUGGGCGUGUCUGAGGACAAAGGCCGUCAGGCGGGGCAGCGGCAGAACCUGAGAGGCGAGCAGCUCACAGCUGAACAGGCUGCUGUUGUGGCCAGCGUCAGGGACCGGUUCAGCUUGCCGGACUGCCCCCCCCCCCUUCUCCCGAGACACCAGGGGGCGGGGCCGCGAGGGGGCGUGGCCAGUUCGCUCGGUCAACGUCGGUGGUUUUUGUGUCGUGCUCCGUUACCCGGUCGGAGUCCUCCUCCUCCGCCGUUGGUUUGAACUGAACGUGAGCUAACGUUUCUAUUUUUAAAUCUCACUUUCAAACCGCAGCUGUCCAUUUGAACGGCGACCACGGAUUUUACCCGCAUAUUUUUUUUUUUUUAAGGAAAUAAAAACACUUUCUUAAAAGGAAAAGUCACUGUCAAUACUUAGUAGUUGUUUUAAAAGUAUUUAUUUAUUAGUAGAACGUUGAGGUUUUUGCCCCCCCGGCCCCGCCCCCCUCCUUCUCCUCCGUUGCCAUGGCGAAGCUUGGCUGGCACUCGGCAACGCAGGAGUUUCCACAUCCGUUCAUCCACCAGGUGAAGCUGACCUGUGCUCAGAGGACCAGGGGCGCCAUCCUGGGCGUCAUCCUCGUCCCCCUCCGCCUCGCCAUGGCGGCGCUCUGCUUCCUCCUCAUGUGGCCCCUCGCCCGGCUCCGAUUGGCCGGCCUGUCGGAGGAGGAUCGCGCCCGGCCCGUCGAGGGCUGGCGGCGCUGGCUGCUCCACCCGGUCAUGAAGCUGCUGAGCCGCUCCGUCUUCUUCUUCCUGGGCUUCCUGUGGGUGGAGGUCAAAGGUCGCAGGGCCGACCUGAAGGAGGCGCCGGUGCUGGUGGUGGCGCCGCACAGCACCUACCUGGACAUGGUGGUGCUGGUGCCGACCGAGCUGCCCACGGUGGUGUCGCGGUCGGAGAACACCGGGCUGCCGAUCAUAGGAGCUCUGCUGGAGUUCAACCAAUCGGUGAUGGUGAGCCGGACGGAUCCGGAGUCGAGGAAGAAGGCCGUGGCGCAGGUCACGGAGAGGCUGACCUCCGACGGCUACUGGCCUCAGAUGCUGAUGUUUCCCGAGGGAACCACGACCAACGGCAGGGCGCUCAUCAAAUUCAAACCCGGCGCCUUCCUCGCCGGACUCCCGAUCCAACCGGUUCUGUUGCGUUACCCCAACAAGCUGGACACGGUGCGCUGGACGCACGAAGGAACGAGCUGGAAGGAGGCGCUGUGGCACACCGCCUCUCAGCUCUACACCAACGUCACGGUGGAGUUCCUCCCCGUCUACACGCCCUCCCAGGAGGAGAAGGAUGACCCCGGCCUCUACGCGGACAACGUUCAGAAGCUCAUGGCCAUGGCUCUCGGACUCCCCUCCACAGACUAUGAGAUGGCGGGCCGGGUCCCCGUCAAUAAGCUGGGGGGCCUCUCCAUCCCGCUGGAGUCUCCCGCCAGGAAGACGCUGGCGCUGCUGCGCGGCGACGGUCCGGGAGUGGAAGCGGCGCUGGACAGGAUGAUCGCCAGGUGUCGGUCGGGAGCUCAGGGGUCAAAGGUCAGCGCAGAGGAGCUGACCUUCGUCCUCGGGCUGACGGACGAGGAGGCGGUGCUCGCCGUCCGCCACAUUUACUCCAAGGACGAGCUGGUGGACCUCAGGCCGAUCUACCUGACCGUGGGCGCUCUGUCGGGACGCCUCAGCUUCGAGUCUCUGCUCCACACGGCGUUCACUCUGUUUGACGCAGAGGGCCGGGGCAGCCUGGGUGCAGAGCAGCUGGGCGCUCUCAUGGCGGCGCUGCUGGACUUCCCCCAGCGCCACACGGCCGCGCUGCACGCCGAGGCCGCCGCGCACGGCCGGCUCACGGAAGAGAGCCUGCUGCGCGUGCUGACGACCCAUCCCACCUAUCAGAGCGUGGCCAACGAGUACCUGCGGGCCGAGGAGGCGGGCUCCCGGCCGGCCAAUGGGAAGCCCGGGAACAACAACGGGAGCGUCUCCCGCGACAACAAGAAGUUCGAAUGAGGAAAUGAAAGAAGAAGAAUUGUGCUCUCCAUCCUCGAGUGAAGAAAAAAGGGACAUAUUGGAAUAACCAGAAUAACCGUCGACACAGGAUUGUAUCUCAGGUGUGUGAGUGUGUGUGUGUGUGUGUGUGUGAGUGUGUGUGUGUUUUUAUAAAAUGUAUAUUACUGUAUACUGCAGUCAACCAUGCCAAGAUUAGAAAAACCAAAGGAUGAUUUAAAUUAUGCCGACAGUGGCUCCGAGGUGUGUGUGUGUGUGUGUGUGUGUGUGUGUGUGUGUGUGUGUGUGUGUGUGUGUGUGUGUGUGUGUGUGUGUGUGUGUGUGUGUGUGUGUGUGUGUGUGUGUGUGUGUGUGUGUGUGUCUUUUGUUUACCAGUGUACAUUUUUUAAAUUGCCCACCCAGAUGUUCAAAGACUCCAUUACCUUUCCAUGAAAUGUCUUAUUUAUAUAAUUCCCUCUGUGUGUAUUUUCUUAAACGGGACACGUGUUCGUGCAAAAAGAAAAAACUCUGUAAAUCAAAAAGAAGUUUAUUUUACGUAAAAUUCAUUCUUACAUCUUUUGAAUAUUGUUCAUACUUAACAAUAAAUUAAACUGUGAAUUGUU